AUGGCCACCACCACGGCGGCCACCUCCCCGCCCCCGGACCUCUCCGGCUCCAUCCCCGCCGGCCUGGCCCCGUCCACCUCAUCGCCGCAGCCGCCUCCGCCAGCGGCCUCAUCAUCAACAUCAACAACAGCAGCAUCACCAUCCUCCUCCUUCGCCUUCCCCCGCGAGUACCACUUCCCCGCCUUCUUCACCCGCCAGACGAACCUCACCACGCACCACGCCCAGCUCACAAAGUGGUCCGCCCUCGUCCUCGCCUACGCCCGCCACCACCGCAUCUUCCGCCUCGCCCUCUCCGCCGCCGCCGACUCGGACCUCUUCCGCAACCCCCGCAUCGACCGCCGCCUCGGCCCCGCCGACAUCCGCGAGCUCGUCGACUUCAUGCGCAAGGACGGCCGCGCAGAGUACUACUACCACUCGUCGUCGGGCGGCGGUGGCGGCGGCGCCGCCGCGGCGGGCAAGGAGGGCGACGUCGUCUUCAUCUACUGGCGCAAGCCUGAGGAGUGGGCCGCUGCCGUGGAGGCCUACGUCGAGGAGACGGGCCAGAAGGGCAGCGUGUUGACUGUCUAUGAGCUUACAGAAGGCGAGGGCACGAGAGGAACAGAGCUACAUGGCAUGGACAGCGAGGUCCUCCUCAAAGCCCUCAAUGUCCUGGUCAAGCGCGGAAAAGCACAGAUAUUCGGCCAGGAAGACUCCCUUGGUGUCAAGUUCUUCUGA